CAGACACACACCCAUCUUCCAAACGAGAUCACCUCUGAUACCCUAGAUUAAUACCCAAAGCCCUCAGCGCUUUCAGGAGAAAUAUAUCUAAUCUCACCAACGAACAAAUACACUCAACCCAACUCAACCAAAAUGUCCACAGCAACAAACCCCGACCCAGCUCCCGGCUCACUCGCCUUCGUCCCACUCGAAGCGAACCCCGAGCUGAUGACCAGCCUCCUGCACAAGCUCGGCCUAAGCCCCGCCCUGCAAAUCCACGACGUCUACUCCAUCACCGAGCCCGAGCUGCUCGCCUUCGUCCCGCGUCCCGCGCUAGCCCUGCUCCUCGUCUUCCCCGUGUCAGCACCAUACGAAUCCGCGCGGCUGGCCGAAGACGCCGGUGUAGAGGAGUACGCCGGAAAGGGGGAAGGCGAGCCCGUGCUCUGGUACAAGCAGACGAUCCGCAAUGCGUGCGGACUGAUGGGCUUGCUGCACGCCGUGUCGAAUGGCCCCGCGCGGGGGUUCGUUGAACCCAACACCCCCCUCCAAAACCUCAUAACGGCCUCAAUCCCGCUCGCACCCCCGCAACGCUCCGCCCUCCUCGAACGCACGCCCGAGCUCGCAACCGCGCACCAAGAAGCCGCGAGCCAGGGCGCGACGUCCGCGCCCGACGCGCAGGACGACGUGGACCUGCACUACGUGUGUUUCGUGAAGACGGAGGACGGGACGCUGUGGGAGCUCGACGGACGGCGCAAGGGGCCGAUCGCGCGGGGAAAGCUGGAGCAGGGCGAGGACGUGUUGUCCGAGAAGGCGCUGCUAUGGGGCCCGUUGAAGUUCCUCGAGCGUGACGGGGGCGAUAUGCGGUUUAGUUGUGUUGCGCUGGCGGGGGCUUUAGAGUGAUUGUAACAGUUAUGAUGAAGCUGGAUAGGUAGGAUUUUACAACGUGGAGGGGGCGUUUAGCAUUAUCUACAACCGCGGCGUUAGGAUGGGGAUUUUUAUCUGCUUUAACGGGUGAUCCAUAGAUACUCACGUACAUGGAAUCACGUCGGAGUCACGAAAUUACGCGAAGAUGUUUAUAAAAUGGUUGGUUGACCGUUCUAGUUCUAGCCUCGACAGAAGAAACGCGAACAAUACUGACAAUCUCGUGAUACCACAACGACUUUACUCAUCGCCCAUCCAAACAUUCUAGGGGGCAUUUAUAAGUUAUAAGUAUAAAGACAUCCAUCAAGCUUGCCUAAUCCCCAUAUUCCCCAAGAUAUCGCAGCCCUUGGUUUUCCAGGUUGACUAUUGCUCGCAGACUCCAAGUUCAUACGCUUUGUAUAAUACCUAAUUGAGCUCAUACGAAUUCUGUGCUCUAGGCUAGCAUGACAUCAAUACAUUGCUCGUAUCUCGUUUGCGGAAAAACUUCUGCGGGGUGAGCCGCAAGGGGCGAUUUCGGUAUAACGAGAUGAGUCGAGGGGAAAUGAGUGGUGUGGCGUGAGCGGAACUGAUAGGGGCGUCAUGAUAGGUGAAGCGUAGUGACAAGCACUAUGGCCGCAACACGGUGCCUCAAGGCAGAGUGCCGGCACUAGUGAGACUGGAACACAGGCGUACGCGGCGGGUUCGUGGUGGAACCCGUGCGAACAAACAGGAAUGUGAAGGCAAGGCG